GCUGGCCCUCGAGGCCCGCACUCCUAUUUCGUCCCCAGCUUUAGCCUCUCCGCAGUAUUUCUUCUUUCUUAUUCUUCAUUGUCUUUCUACUGCAUACGAGGCGUUGAAGGCAUCCGCAUGGUUUCCCAUUGAUUACAAUACAAGGGCCAACGCGGAGGCUGCACGCAAUCAUGGAUAUCCUACGCCGCACCUUCGAUGGCACGCUUGCGCAGGACUUGGCCUUUGGGCCAGAGUUUGGCAACUUCUUCGACUUCUCUCUUACCUUUGAGAGCACGAUCCUUACAAUCGCCCCCGUGGCCGUUUGGCUUGCCAUUUUCCCGUUCCAUUUAUGGCAUUACAAGAAGAGGCCCGUCGUGGCCACUGCCGGACUACACUUCUGGGCUUUAACAAUCGUUGCCGUUACACAUGCAUGCAUGGAGAUCGCUAAGGCCGCUGUUUGGGGCAUAGCUCCCAAUGGUGCAGAAGCUACUUUCGCAGCCUCGUCUGCUCUCUCUGCACUCGCCGCUGUCGCCCUCGUCGCCAUGACCAUCUCGGAAUAUCGACACUCGCUUAAUUCCUCGUCGUUGAAUGCUGCUAUGCUCUCAAUACUCUGUUUUGUCGACAUUAUCAAGUCACGGUCCUUUUUUAUGCGUAAUGGCCUGGCUACGGUCGGUGCACUCUCCGCAGCCACCGCUGCCCUCAAAGCGGUCCUGGUCAUUCUGCAGGAAGUCCCGAAACCACGAAUUGCAGAAUUGGCCGACAAGGGUUCCUCCGCCGAGGCGUCAAGCGGCGUGUGGAAUCAGGCCUUGUGCCUUUGGGUUAAUAAGAUUUUCCUGCUUGGAGCUCGCAGGGCACUGACAAUGAAAGACCUAGAGUACCUGGGCCCAGACUUUUCUUCUGCUAGACUGGAUGCAGCGUUUAGGAGUAUCUGGGAAACAGAAGAUAAAUCCUCCAAAUGGGCACUGGCCAAAACUACUGGAAAGUCUUUACGGUGGCUUAUACUGGCUAGUAUCCUUUCACGCAUGGUAAACAGCUGUUGCGAAUGGGCAAUGAUCUUCAGUAUCAGAGUCACAGUUGCCUCUCUCGGCCAACCAGUUCCAGACUGGACGCCCAAAGCACUGAUUAUCGGCAAUAUCGCAGCCUAUGCUCUCAAAAUAACGGUGCUUUCUAUGCACACCUUCUUCAUCAACAAAGCUUGCAGUCUCGCCCGCGGUCUUCUCACCACGCAAAUCAUCAGAAAAAACUUUACGCUAAAGAAGACAAUCGCGAAAGAAUCAAAAGCCAUCACAUUGAUGAGUACUGAUGUGGAGCAAAUUUGCGACUUGUUGCUGGUGUUCCCCCAAUUCUUUGUCGCCAUUCCGGAACUUGGCUUUGGUCUCUACUUCAUGUACACACUCAUCGAGGCGGCAUUCGUCCUGCCCCUUGUCACUGCAAUAGGCGGUUGCUGUAUUGCCAUCCUCAUGAACGCCCCCAUGAUGAAUGCUCAGAGAUAUUGGAACGAGUCUAUUCAAGACAGAGUUGCCAAAAUGAGCACCAUCUUGCUUCAAAUCAAAGGCAUUAAAAUGAUUGGUCUUGAGACUACCAUCUCCAAGUUCAUGCAAAAGAUUCGUAUCAAUGAGACUAAAAGAUCACUGAGAAUGCGAUGGCUUAGAGUCUUUGCCCAAGCCAAUGGCGGAGUCCAGCUGACUAUCACUCCAGUCAUCGGCAUUAUUGGUGGACUUUAUUGGACCGUCUGGAAAAAUGGUGUUGAUGCCGCUUCUCUGUUCACCUAUCUCUCAUUGCUCAGCAUGUGUAUCGACCCCCUCAACGUGAUUAUCCUAGAGCUUCCUGGUUUGGGAGGUGCUUUGGCAAACUUCACUCGCAUCCAAGAAUUUUUGCUCGAGGAGGAGCAACGAGACCCUCGACAAGUUCGCAUCAACAUCGAUCAGGAAGAAUCCCUCAGCGACAAACCGCAAACAGAAGCCGACAGUUCUGGUUCUGACCCCGAGAAGUCCCCACUGUUGGAGUCCACAACGCAGGUUGCAUUUCGCAAUGUUUCAAUCCCAUCCUUGGCUACUGAAAAUAGUUCAAAUGUGUUGAACUCGAUGAAUUUGACCAUCCAGACAUCCUCUUUGAACAUCGUCAUUGGACCCGUGGGCUCGGGCAAAUCGGUACUGCUCGCUACAAUAAUUGGCGAAACGUCUCCAUCUGAGGGUUCGAUUUACAUCACAACUAAUAAUAUGGCAUUCUGUCACCAAGUUGCGUGGAUUCCGAGCUCCACCAUACGGCAAGCAAUCAUUGGCGAGAAUGAUUUCGACGCGGAAUGGUACCAAGCUGUAGUCAAAGCAUGUGCCUUGGAUUAUGAUAUCGCCAAGAUUACCGAUCAAGCGAUGACUGGUAAUGAUAGCGGCGGUUUGCUCAGCGGUGGUCAAAAGCAGAGAGUUGCACUGGCUCGUGCUGUAUAUUCAAAAGCACCGAUACUGGUUCUUGAUGACAUACUGAGUGCCCUUGACCAGCGCACUGCGCGAGCAGUUUUCACCCGGCUUUUUGCGCCAGAUGGCCUUCUAAAACAACAGCGCAGAACUGUCAUUCUUGCGACUCAUUCCGUCGAAUGGCUGGAUGAGGCUGAUCAAGUCAUUUCUGUACAGUCCUCGGGUGAUGUCUUGACUUACGAAAGCAAGGAAGACAUCGCGGUCGCCAAAGCAGCAGUAAUGGCCGCCCAGGGCGAGCACCAGUCCGUGGAUGCUGAAGAAGAGGAUAUCACUAUGAAACUUGAAGAUGAUACCGCAGCAAAAGAGGAUGAAAUUAGCGGAAUGUUAACAUCGGACGGCAAGCUCUACCGUCUUCUGUUCGGGGCGGUCCCUGUGUGGCUGCUGCUUGCUCUCCUGGCCAACAUUAUCGCCACUCCCAUCGCUGAGUCCACCCCGCAGCUCAUUGCACGAAUCUGGCUGAGCAUAAAUCCCAUGGCAAAUUACUUUGUCUUCAUCAUGUUAGCUAUUGCACUCAUAUACCCAUUCAUGAAUGGGUUCCUCAUCUGGCUUUGGUCGAUCGUCACGAUACCAAAGAUCGCAAACAACCUUCAUGAGUUGUUUCUCAGCUCGGUCAUGGCCGCAACCCUCCCAUUUCUCACAAAGUCGCAGAGCGGUGCAUUGCUUAACCGAUUCAGUCAAGACAUGACGCUCUUCUCGUACAAGAUGCCUCAUUCUGUCUUUGGAUUUGCCAUGUAUCUGGGAUACGCGGUUGUUCAAGGUGUAUACCUCGUUGCGGGAUCGGCUUAUACUGCCAUAACCAUCCCCUUCCUCGUCCUCGCAGUGUACAUUCUGCAAAAGUUCUAUCUUCUUACUUCUAAGCAGAUGCGAAUUUUGGAUCUCGAGGCAAAGACACCCCUCUUCUCCAAAAUAACUGAAGUUGCCUUAGGUGUGGAUCAUAUCCGCGCCUAUGGCUGGCAGGAGCAGACAAUGACAAGAAUGUACCACGCGUUGGACCAGUCGCAAAAGUCGUUUUAUUACAUGUACACCGUUCAAAGAUGGCUUUUGGUGGCUAUUAGCCUGAUAUCUUUGGUGGUGACUGUGAUAAUGCUGGCAGUUGCGCUCUUCGUGACCAACAGCAGUUCUCAGGCUGGCUUGGGCUUGUCCAUGAUGUCCGUCAUCAACUUCCAAAAUGCUCUAAACAAGACGCUCAUACAAUGGACUGCGCUUGAGACGUCUCUUGGUGCAGUAGCCCGUCUAAAGAACUUCUUGCGAGACACACCCGUCGAAAAGGAUGAUGAGCAUGCCACUGAGCAACCGCCUUCUUGGCCAAGCAAGGGUGAAAUCGAAUUCAAGAACGUCUCUGCUGCUUACAACCCAGACCCUGAUGCCCGCCUCGUCAUUACGGACCUAUCAGUUAAGCUUGAGGCUGGUAAAUCGACAGCCAUUGUCGGUCGCACUGGCAGUGGCAAGAGCAGUGUAGUCCUGACCCUGUUGAACUUUUUACACCACACUGGCUCCGUGACUAUCGACGGUGUGGACAUUUCUCAAGUACCCCUCGCUCAGCUUCGCCACGUUAUCACAACAAUACCUCAGGAUCACGUCGACAUCCCAGGUAGCGUUCGCGACAAUGUUUUGCCGCUUGAGAUCAUGGACGAGCAAGGCGUAAGAAACGAGGGUGAUGCGGAGUUGACUGAAGUAUUGCAAACAGUAGGACUCUGGGACUACAUAUCGAGCCAUGGAGGCUUGGACGAGCCUAUUGACAAAAUGGAACUUUCGGCUGGACAACGACAGCUCCUCAGCAUGGCGCGGGCGAUGUUGCAUCACCGCAAGACUGGAAGUAAAAUUGUUAUCAUGGAUGAGGCGACCAGCAACAUGGACUAUCAGACCGAUACCAAGAUUCACGAUAUCAUGGAGACUACAUUUGCCGGCAGUACACGACUCGUGGUGACGCAUCGCAACACAGUGCUUAGCCACUGUCACGCGUUGGUAAAGAUGGAAGAUGGAAGGAUGGUUUCUUCUAAAACAAACAGCAUAGCGGGUAGCGAGAAGGAAGAGAAGCAGGAAUAACGGCACAUACAGUAUAUGCAUACGAUACCUAUUUCAUUUCAUAAUACAAUUUGUUCUACUAUUUUUUU